AUGAAGAUCAUCAGGGGACUGAAGCAUCUCUCCUUGGAAGAUAGGCUGAGCAAGCUGGGAUGGUUCAGCCUGGAGAAUAGAAGGUUUGGAGAGGAUCUGAUCAAUGUGCAAAAAGGCCUGAACCUAAAAGGUCCUAAAAAGGAUGCUGCAAAGAAGAUGGAGCCAGGGUCUUUCCAGCAGUGUCCUGUGACAGGAGAAAGAAUAUUGAAGAGCAGAUUGGGCAUGAUUCUGAUCUUUCUCCCCUAUUUCUGGGCAGACCUGAUCUAUUUCUUGAGACGGAAGAGGUCAAAGGCAACAGUAAAAAAGUGGGCAAAAAAUGGAAUUCUCUCCAUAACUGACCUUUUCAGGCAAUCAGUGGAAAAAAACCCCCACAAGCCAUUCCUUAUCUAUGAAGGGACGGUGUACACUUAUCAGGAUGUGGAGAGGAGGAGCAACAGGGUAGCACAGGCCUUCCUGCACUAUGGGAAUCUGAGAAAAGGUGACACGGUGGCCCUGCUGAUGGGUAAUGGACCUGACUUCAUCCAUGUCUGGUUCGGGCUAGCCAAGCUGGGCUCCGUCGUGGCCUUUCUCAACGUCAAUAUCCGCUCACGAUCUCUCCUGCACUGCAUUAACACAUGCGCAGCAAAAGCUCUGGUCAUAGGAGAAGAUUGUUUAGGAUCAAUAGAGAAAGAAUUUAUUUUGAAUCUCUUGGAAAAUAAUGUUGCUGUCUGGCUGAUGAGCACCAGUUCUCCUUUCCAGCAUGUUCACACCCUACCAGACAAACUAGACAAGGUGCCUGAUCAUCCUGUUCCAUCUCGUCUUGGAGCUGUCACUGACACAAGAAACACAGCUCUGCAUAUCUUCACAUCGGGAAGUACAGGUUUCCCAAAAGCUGCUAUCAUCACUCACCGCAGGACUCUGGCUGCCUCCUUGGCAUUGACUCAGUGUGGUGCAGUUUCUCAGGAUAUUAUAUAUGUCACUCUUCCCUUGUACCACAUCAGUGCUUCUCUUCUUGGCAUCAGUGGAUGCAUUCAGUUAGGAGCAACCUGUGUUUUGAAGAAGAAAUUUUCUGCGAGAGAGUUUUGGAAUGACUGUAGGAAAUACAAUGUUACCAUGUUUUUAUAUAUAGGAGAACUCUGCCGCUACCUCUGCAAUCAGCCCUGUAAAGAAGAGGACAGAGUUCAUGAGGUGCGCAUUGCCCUUGGAAAUGGUAUUAGACCUUCUGUAUGGAAAGAGUUUCUGAUGAGGUUUGGCCCAGUUAAAAUAUUUGAAUUCUAUGGGUCCACAGAAGGAAGUCUUAGUUUCCUGAACUAUACUAAUAAAAUAGGAGCUGUGGGCCGUGCUGGCAUCUUCUCAAAGUUUCUACAUUCCUUUGAGUUGUUGAAAUAUGAUGUCUGGAAACAAGAACUUAUAAAAGAUGAAAAUGGAAGGUGUAAGAAAGCAACCAUAGGUAAACCUGGUCUUCUAGUUUUUCAAGUUACUGAGGAUAGCCCAUUUUCUGGAUAUGUUGGAAAUAAAGAAGCCUCAGAGAAGAAACUCCUGCGUAAUGUGUUUGUGGAAGGAGAUGUGUAUCUUGACACAGGGGACCUCCUAGUGAUGGAUGAGGAUGGGUUCCUCUACUUCACUGACCGGGUGGGAGACACUUUCAGGUGGAAAGGAGAAAAUGUUGCUACUUUAGAAGUUGCAGACGUCAUUGGUAUGAUGGAUUUUGUCCAAGAAGUUAACGUUUAUGGUGUAAGCGUAAAAAAUUAUGAAGGAAGAACAGGGAUGGCAGCUAUUGUGCUUAAACGUUACCACAGCUUUAAUGGAGAAAGACUUUACAAGCAUGUUGAGGCCUUCCUUCCAAGUUAUGCCCAACCACGCUUUGUGAGAAUCAUGGAUGUUAUGCAAACUACUGCAACUUUCAAGCAUCAGAAAACACAUCUGGCAAAUGAAGGAUUUAAUCCAGAAAUUAUAUCUGAACCCCUGUAUUUCAUGUAUGAACCUGCACAUUCUUAUAUUCCUUUGACAAGAGAGAAGUACCAGAAGGUGGUUUCUGGUGAAAUACGUCUAUAA